UGAACCUAGAGCUCUGCCCUGCAUCUGCAUUCAUGCACGAACGACUCAGCUCAGCUCACGAUUUCCUCUUCUUUCUUCUUCAAUUUCAGAGAUAAUUUAAGAUUUUAAAGAAAAUGCCAAAAAGAAAAUAUACAGAGGCAUCACUGGCGGAGGCCAUUAAUAGAGUUCGGCUGGGCGAGCUCUCCCAAAGACAGGCUUCGGCAGAGUACGGUAUUCCGAGGGCAACAAUGUUCGACAAGGCAUCAGGUCGACGACCCCCUGAAAUGUGUGCCAUGGGGCCAUCUCCGUACUUGACCGUGGAUGAGGAAGCGAGAAUUGCAACCUGGGCAAUUCAGAUGUCUAAGAUUGGGUAUGAAAGGACCAAGCCCCAAAUAUUACAGAUGGCCCAGCAGAUCAUCCGAGAAGAUGGGAGACCCAACCCUUUUAAGGAGGACAAACCGGGGAAAAAUUGGUUUAGCAGAUUCAUAAAGAGGAACCCCACCCUUUCCCUGAGGACCCCCCAAGCUUUAGGCAAGGAGAGGGCAGUACUCACCCCUAAAAAAAUUGACAGGUGGUUCGAGGGACUUCACUCCUACCUUGUCGAACAGAAUGCCGUCAGCAUCCUAACCUCACCAGAUCGGAUCUGGAAUGCUGAUGAGAGCGGCUUUGCUCUUUCGCCGACGAGUGGCAGGGUCAUAGGAAUGAGAGGGGCAAAGAACAACUUAAGUACUUUGGAGGCGGCAUCCGCAAGUGGCGUCUUCUGCCCCCCGUUUAUUAUCUACCCAGGGAAGAGGGUCUCUCGUAAAUGGAGACCGAUGGAAGGAGCACCGGAAAGUUGGUUUUAUGGCUUCAGUGAGAGUGGAUCGAUGAACUCAGAGCUGUUCCUCUCGUGGCUCGCAGACCACUUCCAUCCGUUUUUACUGAGCCGUGGAACCCACUUUCCAGUGCUCCUUCUUGUGGAUGGUGAUGCUAGCCAUGUUGAUCUUCAAGUAGCCCAGUAUUGUCAAGAUAAGCAGAUCAUAUUGUACCGGAUUCAGGCGAACGCGAAUCAUGUCAUCCAACCACUAGGCCUGUUCGUCUUUGGCCCGUUGAAGAAAGCGUUUAAGGAGAGGAAAGGAGAGUGGAAGGAUGGUCAUUCUGGGCAGUUUGUCACCAAGGCUUCCUUCGCCGGCGUGUUCGCCAAGGCUUGGGCGGACAUCAAACCUGAGUUGGCCAUAGAAGGAUUCAGAGCAGCAGGCAUAUUCCCUUUUACUAGGGGAUAUUGCCGGGAGAAGCUGGCUCCGUCACAGGUGCUUACCAUCCAAGCAGCACCACCUGCAAGAGCCGCUGCAGCAACACAAACAGCCGCCGCAACACAACCACAAGUCGUCCUAGCACUUCUAACAGCCUUCCCAGCACCACUACCUGCUGCACCACCAGCUGCACCAUCCGCCCAAGAAGCACCAACACAACCACAAGUCGUCCCAGCACCACCACCUGCAACAGCCAUUCAAGCACCACCACAAGUCGUCCCAGCACCACCACCAGCUGCACCAACCACAACAGAUAAUCCCGCCAUGCCAAGAAGAUCUUCUUCGUGUCCAAGGCCACCUAACUACGUUUCCUCGGCAUUGGACAGGUCCCUAAAAUCCCCGGAAGCUACGAGGAUGGCAUCGAAGAGGAAAGCGGGAGAUGAGCUCCCAGAAACCAUCUCUGUUGCACAUUUGAUCAGUUACCAGAAGAAGAGGCGAGAAGACAAGGAGGCAGGAGAGGCCAUAAAGAAGAAGAAGAGAGAAGAAAGAGAAGUCAAGAAGGCAGAGAAGGAGAAGAGGAAUGGAGGGAAGAGGUCCAGAGAGGAACCCAGGGACGAAGAAGUAGACGAGAUGGUGUGCAGCAAGUGCCAAGAUCGUUUUUAUCCAGCUAGGGACCUUCGAUUGCAGAGGGUACCAAUGAUGAUGAUGCAGGCUGUGCAGCAAACGGGUACGGGAGGACCGGAGGUACUGAGCGUGGCUGAGGUACCCAUCCCCAAGCCUGGACCUCAUGAAAUCCUCAUGAGAAUACAUGCAUCGGCGAUAAACAGAGCUGAUACCCUUCAGAGGCGUGGUUUGUACCCUGUCCCCCAGGGUCAACACUCGUAUUUGGACUAGAGGCUGCGGGGGAGGUGUGUGAUCUCGCCAACUCCACUCCGGGCAAGUGGAAGAUAGGUGACCGAGUCAUGGCCCUUCUUCCAGGGGGAGGCAAUGCACAGUAUGCAACGGCCCAUGAAGAUCACCUGAUACCUGUUCCUGAUCACCUGACCAUCCAACAAGCAGCUGC